AAACGGUAAUUUGAUUGCCCAUCAAAAAACCCAACAGAACUUUCUCAAAAACCUUGUUUACAAGCUACAAGCUUUCCUUUUACUAAAGCUUAAAGAAUCAGUGCAGCGGAGCGAAAAGUAACUGUGGAAAGUCAUCAAGGGAAGAGCCUGUACGACCAAAGAAGUUCAGUUAGGCCUUAGUCGCGUCGCGGUCAAGGCACUGCGGCAACGUCCGCCUCUCGCUUAAAAAAAAACUUUAAAAAACAAACACGCGCGCUCCCGGCUGUCAAAAAAAGGUUCUUUAUACUACAAGCAUUCAAGUUCUAGUACUUUGAGUUUAAUAGUAAAUAUUGUGAUAAUGAGAUGGUGAUUGUGACUUAAACAGCCCCGCAUUCACCAUGGGUCCCCCCAUCACAGUGUGGCCGGACACUCACCCAGGAGACAGUUUGGUGUCGCUAGUGGACAAGACGCGGGUGUUGUUGAAGGUGUCUGUGUGUCUGUUUGUUCUGCACGCGUUGUUGGGACAGAGUGCGAGGGCGGGCCCUGUUAUAUUUAAUGUGGACUAUUUACAAGGUCCCGUGCCACUAGCUAGGAAUAUACGCCACUUGCCAUGCAUAUCAAGACGAACAGGCGAAGAAGGCCUCUGCAUGUUCGCCAUAGACUGCCUCAAAGCCAACGGCACACACCUAGGAACAUGCAUAGACAGGUUCUACUUCGGCUCCUGUUGCCAAGUACAGGACAAGAACGUAAUACCUGUAAAUAACAUCGAAGAUAACUCAAUAGAUGGCGCUAACUUCGUUCACCCACAGACUGAAGAUAAGACUACAAUAAAAGUUGAAGAAACAACUAAAAUAAGCACUACUGAAAAAACUACACUAGCAGAUAAAAUCGAAAUGGAGACAAAGUCUGAUGAUUUAGAUAAUAAGAUACCUGAUGAUAAAACUACUCUUGAAUUAGAAGCUACUACUAAAGCAUUUAAACCUGAAGAGGCUACAGAAAUUCCUGUUAAAUUAUCUACAUUCCAGACUGUCUCUGGAGAUUUAGUCACAGAAAAAUCGACAACGGAGGUGAUAAGAACAACUGUUUCGACUACAGAACAAACAACAGCGAAGCCUAGCAGGAAACCUGUGCUUACUUAUAAACCUAGACCCCCAUACAGACCUACUAACUUUACCAAGCCUCAGUAUAUACAACCAAAUAGACCAAAACCUACUAAACCUUUAUCAGUAUACAACACUACCAGAAAACCUAUUUAUCGGCCACCACCUAAAGUGCCUUCUACUAAAAAGCCAUUACCAAUCCCUCCUAGAUUAAACAUAACUAUUCUACCACAAUCUACUAGCUCCAGACCUAUUUUUACUAGACCUCUUUCAACUAUAACUUUUAUAAAUGCAACACAAGAAACAACCUUAACAACAACGACAACUGAAGCUUCAACAACUGAGAAAACUUUAGAAACCACUGAAAUAAUAACUAAACCCUCAACAACAUCAACAACUACAACCACAACCACAACAACAACAACAACGACAGAACCACCACCAACAACAACAGAGCAACCAACAACAGCUCCCACGACAACAGAACUAACAACCACGGAACUGGUCAAUGAAAUUCCGACUUUAAAACCAGUGACGGAGACUGAAAUUCCAACGACAGACAAGUCUACCGAUUACCCUCCUUUCGUGACGUGGUCGAGUACGGUGGACGCCGCUACCAAAGCUCCUGAAAACACUACUACGUCUUCUGAUGAAAUAUGGUCCCCCAUAACGCCACCGGACGGCUGGGUGUUGUUGACCGUGCCCCCCGAAACAACAAUGACAACAACAUCAUCAACAACAACAUCAACAACAUCUACAACAACAACAACGACAGAAGCACCCACAACAGAACCCGAAACCGAAGCGCCCACAACAGAACAACCUAUAACAACAACAACAACAACAACGACAACAACGACAAAACCAACAAUAACGACAAAACCAUCAACAACGACAAAACCAACAACAACGACAAAACCAACAACAACGACAAAACCAACAACAAUAACGGAAUCGGUCACGGAAGCCAUGUUAGAGUUCACAGUCAACGUGACGUUGUCGCCGACAGCACCGCCAAUGACAACGGAGACGAUAACGACUAUGGCGCCUGUGACCACCACCGAAGCGGUCAACAUGUCUGACUACAAGGAUGUGUGCGGACGGCGCCUGUGGCCCCAGGGCCGGAUCGUCGGCGGGGCCAAGUCGGGCUUCGGACAGUGGCCCUGGCAGAUCUCCCUGCGUCAGUACAGGACGUCGACGUACCUGCAUAAGUGUGGCGCGGCCCUUCUGAACGAGAACUGGGCAAUCACGGCGGCGCAUUGUGUUGAACAUGUCCCGCCAUCGGAACUAUUAGUGAGACUGGGAGAGCAUGACCUGGCUACAGAAGAAGAGCCCUACGGCUUCGCGGAGAGAAGAGUACAGAUCGUGGCCAGCCAUCCGCACUUUGAUCCUGCUACGUUUGAAUACGACCUGGCGUUACUGAGAUUCUACGAGCCAGUGAACUUCCAGCCCAACAUUCUGCCGGUGUGCGUGCCUGACAACGAUGACGACUUCGUCGGAAAGACGGCGCACGUCACGGGCUGGGGACGACUUUACGACGAUGGCCCCCUCCCCACCGUCCUGCAAGAGGUAGAGGUGCCCAUCAUCAACAACACGGCCUGUGAAGCUAUGUACCUGGCAGCAGGAUACAAUGAACAUAUACCUAACAUCUUUAUCUGUGCUGGCUGGAAGAAAGGAGGAUCUGACAGCUGUGAAGGUGACAGUGGCGGCCCUAUGGUGGUGCAGCGCGCGCGUGACGGUCGCUUCGUGCUCGGUGGCGUCAUCUCGUGGGGCAUCGGCUGCGCCGAGCCCAACCAGCCCGGCGUUUACACGCGCAUUUCUGAGUUCCGGGAUUGGAUCAACCAGAUACUACAAUUCUAAGCUAUAUUGCUGAAAAAUAUUAGUCAGGGAAAUAUUGCCAACCUUGGAAAUUGUAAUGUUGAGAUUUUAUUGCGAAAUAAAAUCACUAGCAACACUGGAAAUUUAAAAAGGAAUCGGAUAAAAACGUUAUUAUAAUAAGUUUCUAUUAUUUUAAGAAAACUUAUGAACGUUGAUGUCCUGUUGAUACAGCGCUUCUCUGGCUGUAAGAGUAUAUACGCGCAAUUCGGAGUUCCAGGACUGGAUGCAGCAGACAGGUACUGCAGUUUUCGGCAAUAUUACUAGUAGGCCGAGCACAUGAUUAGCGCGACAGUAUCCUGCCGCGAGAUAGACUACCCGUCUUUUACUAACUGUAUGAAUUAAAGAGGGACGGGUAGUCUAUGUCGUGGCGAGUCUCUCUCGCGCUAAUCAUGUGCUAGCCCGGUAGGAGUUAUUGCCGAUUUUGGAAAUUGUAAUGUUGAAAGUAUAAUUUGAGAGAGACUCUACUUACAUUAGAAAGUGAAACGAAUCGGAUAACAAAAUAUACGAUUAGUUUCUAUUGUUUUAAGAACGUUGAAUACGUCCGAAUGUGUCGCUUUGUACUGGGCCAUUCUUAAGGUACCGUCAGCGUUUAAUUAAUCAAAUACUGCAGUUUUAGACAGCAUUAUCCGGAAAUAUUGCCGAAACAAAAUAUUUUUUCUGAAAGUUCCGGAAAAUAUUAAUGGGAAAUUUUGCCGGGAUUUAUUAUCGGGAAAUAUUUCUGCGUGAUAAAUGAAAAAUGUGACCUAUAAAGAAUUUAAAGGCGAGUUGUUUUAGCGCUAUUGCCUUAAAAAGUGCAUUAUUAAGUCCAAAAAUGCAUUUAUAAAAUGUAAGAGUUAUCGAACAACGAAUUUAAUGUAGGUAGGUAGGUUAAAUAAUAAAUUAUUUAAUUCCGUAGGGUAAAAUCCCCUCGAAUAUAAAAACUCAAGAUUUUUUCUGUUUUUAAAAUACUUUGACAGUUAUGAAAUGGAUGAUAGCUGUCACUAUUAUUUUUACUAAAGGUAACUGGUACGUUAACUUUCAGGCGUAUUCAGAUUUUAAUAAUAGGUUACGAAUUAGAUCUGGAUCAGUUAUGGAUCUAAUUCAUAACCUGUUAUAAUUCGAAUAUGCCUGUUUGAAAUAUUAACCUUUGUGUCCUAUGCCUAUGUAAAAAGUCGGUGUAAGCUAACUUUGCACCGAGAACAAAGUGAGGGAGUGUCGUUAUAAACGGCAUAUUUUCAUAGAAGUUUGUUAAUGAUGACACGGCCACACUUUGUCAUUGCAAAUGCCAUGCAGAGUUAUUUUGGUCCGUCACUAUGACAUCUUACGUCUCCUAAUAGAUCCGCCAGAUACGUCAAAUGUAAGUUGUGACAGGCGUGGCUCACUCCGCGAUUUCGUCGCGUCGCUACAAGUACAUGCGGCCCACACCAAUUUUGGUGUCUAGCCAUAGUAGAGUUGCCGCGCGCUGCUACGGAACGGACGCAUGCUCGCGCUUGCGCCACCUAGCGAUCAUAUCGGUCGUAAUAGACGCGUUUUGUUAGAGAGUGAACCUUCUGUGGUUGUGAUUGAAACCACGAUCAAAGGUUGAAAAUAUUUAUAUCGUCAUUUUGCUUAGGCGAUAGAAAUCGCUAGUUAAAACUAGUUCCUAGGCAUUAAGACAUUUUUAGACUAAAUAUGUCUUGGUGGCAAUGUCAAUUCAUACAAAAAAUUAUAUUUUUAAGUAUUAAAUUAUUUUAGACUUUUAAUUUUUGUAAAUACGAAUUUCCCAAUGAUGCAUUUAUUUUAAUUAUAUUAAGCCAUAAAAUUAUAUUAAAUUAUUUCUGU